AAUGAACCUGUACAGCCAACGGUUCCAACUUCCACAACCUCAGACUAUCACUUUGACAGAAUUAUUGUGACUGAAGCUGAUAGUGCACAGAGUGAGGGCAUAUGCUCUGAAGGAGCAACUCUUCCAUUGUCUAUGCCUGAAGGAGACCCAGUGGGCAAUACAGAGAAAAUGGAUGAUAGUAGCUAACACCAAAAAGCGUAGAAACAAAACAUCCAACGAGAGCAUAACUCGAAUCCUUUACAACGUCAUUCACACUUCUUCAAGAUCAUCCAAUUCUACAUAAUGAAGAGCAAGCAAUGGUCUUCUUGGCAAGACAAUGGAAGGGGAUAAUUAAACACUCUGGAUAACAGUUAGCGCUUACCUGGAUCAAAUUGACAUUAGCAAACCAUUCACUUGGCACACUUCUUGUCCUCUGAUACAUACAAGGCGUGUAUGUAUACAACAGGUACACAUAUAGAGUCACAUUAUGAUCAUCAACUGCAGACGCCAUAUUGCACAUACUUACCCCAGCAUCAGUGGAUACAGUCUCAUCACUGUGUGAAUGGCCAGACGAAGAGAAAUUUUGAAAAAAGUCAAGCCAUUUGCAGCUAGCUCUCUGUUUUGAACCAGACACCCUUUGGGGUUAUAGCCAGCAAAGAAAACAUGUCUGACUAUCUCACAAUAGCAGAUCUAAACAAAGUGUACCUCGCUACGUUUGAUGCUCGAAUCAAGUGGCGAAACAUCUUGUUGAUGCUCGAAGUCUCAGCAGCUACAAUCAGAAGCAUCGGUAAAGAAUGGAACAAUGAUCCUGAUGACUGCUAUCGUGAGGGGCUGUUGGAAUGGCUAACAGAUGGAGAGAGACGCUGGGAAGAUAUGGUGGAAGCUUUAUCUAGUCCUACUGUGGGCCACGUUCACAUAGCCAGGACCAUCGAGAAAGAUCAUGUACAGUCUACUGGAGCAAGCAAUCCUAACGAUGUGAAAUCAGAGGUCCAGUUGAUCAAUGAUGAUUUAACCGUUUUCUUAAAGCAACGACUUGGUAAAGGUGCAUUUGGAGCUGUCUUCAAAGGCAGCUACAGGGACGAGAUUUGUGCUGUCAAAGUGCUGCUACACGAUGCUAUGGAGAUGCAGACAAAUAUUCAAGUCGGCAAAAAUGAAGAAGCUAGCUGUGCAAUUAAUCGUGAGAGUGAUUUUCUCAAGUCUUUCCAGCACCCAAACGUUGUUCAGUUUUUGUCGACUGCUAAGCAUCCUAAAUCAGGUGGUACAAUCCUCGUUGUUGAGCUGAUGGAUUGUAGUCUGAGAUCCUAUUUCUCCGGCCUUGGUGAAGAGUCCCUCACUAGCGAAUGUGAAAUUAGCUUUUCCAAAGACGUGUCUUGUGGUCUGGCCUACAUUCACAGCAAGCAGAUUAUCCACCGUGACCUCUGUGGCGAUAACGUCUUGCUGAAGCUUACACGACCAUUGCCUGUUGCCAAGAUUUCCGACUUUGGUAUGUCACGGCUAUACGAUCCUUCCAAGCUUAGCCGUACUCUCACAGUCAUUGGUCACCGUAAAGGGUAUCUACCUCUCGAGGCCAUUCGAAUGGAAGAGGAGAAAUACGAUAGUUGCCUGGAUGUGUUUUGCUAUGGGGUGAUUGUGGUGCAGAUUGUUUGCAAGCUGGAAACGAUCAAAUCUGCCAAGGAUAGAACAUUCCAUGUUUCCCAGAUCCCUACCACACACAGGUUGAGGAAGCUCAUCGACAGUUGUUUGCAAGAAGACAUGAGGAGGAGACCAUCUGCCAGGGAAAUCUAUGCUUCACUGACAAGUGACUCGGACGCAACUAACAGGGAAUCAAAAGACACUGCGCCAGUCAAGAAGGCACACAGUGAAAAGAUUGAGCACAAAGAUGCUGACCUGAUCAGGAGAGACGCCAUCAUUCAACAGCAGAACCAGGGUCCCCCUCCCAGAGAGUUGAGACCUCCACUCACUCUGAAAUGGAGAAGAGGAAACGACAUGCCAAUCAAGAUGUGCAGUACAGUACAGAGUGUUGUUAUCGGUGACACAGUUUAUGUUGGUGGAGGUGGUGUAAGCAAUAGUUUUGACAUGUGUACAGUGGUGCAGCUCAAACAAGACCAAUGGACCAAACUACCAGAGUACACUGCCUUGUGGUUCGCUAUGACAUCACUCGCUAAUCGACUAGUGCUGGUGGGAGGAUGUGAUCUAAAAAGUGACAAACGAACUGAUCAGCUUGUUGUGUUUGAGUCAGGGGAAUGGACUCACCCGUACCCACCAAUGAACAUUGCUCGCUCUUCCUCAACAGCUGUCUCCUUCAACAAUCACAUCAUUGUAGCUGGUGGGACUGAUGAUGAAGGACGUACCGCCUCUGUGGAGGUGUUGGACCUCGCAUCAAGAAGAUGGUACAUUGCUCAGUCACUACCUCACCCACGAACAGGACUGAAGUCAACUCUCAUAGGAAACACUCUCUACCUAAUGGGAGGGUGGGAGCAUGUUGGGAGGCCAACCAAGACAGUGCACCAUGUCGACCUCAAUGAACUCAUUGCAAAGGCCCUUUCCAACCAGGACACAUACACUCUAUGGCAGACCUUACAGGCAGUACCACUCGAGUUGUCAGCCCCUCUCAGUAUUGGCAGAUCACUAUUAGCCGUUGGUGGACAGGACGAUAAAAGCAAAACAAGUUCAUCGAUUCACCUCUACCAGCCUGACACCAGGAGGUGGGUGAAAGUGGGAGACCUGCCUACUGCACGAUACUGCUGCACAUGCUCAAUACUUCCUAUUGAAGAAGUUAUUGUAGCUGGAGGGCAUAUAAAAUUAUUUACUAAAAUUCAAACUGUGGAUUUCUUUCAUGUUGAGAAAAGUUCCUCUUCUGAAGUAAAUGUUGAAUCAGAAGGUCUUCAAAGAAUUAAAUACAAAUCAUGGAUUGUAUCAGUAUAGUAUGUAAUUAAAAUAAUUUUUUAUCGGGCGUACAGUUAAUUUAUUGAACAGUUUAAUGUAAAGA